CUGCAGCUGCUGCGCGGCUGCUCCACGCAAGAUUCGGGAGCUGGGUGUGAAGCUGAAUGGACGUGACGGCGUGGUCCUUUCCCCGUAGUGACCUGCGGAACUAAACACGCGUGUGGGCAGAAGCAGAGAGCGGGGCUCGAGUCAAGGUGGAGCUGCGCUCCGGCUGGAGCGCGUCUGACCCAAACUGGAUCCCACUUUAUGAGAACAUUAAAACGAUUCAAUUUUUAUACGUUUCUGAUAUCAACAUCUGAAAUCUACCAGCUCGUGAUCCGCGGAUGACAAACUGAACUAUAGCUUUUGUAGGAAAACAGAAAGACGUUUCCUUCUACCUGCGCGUAUUUUGCCUUUAUCUUUAAGCCACAGUGCGCCUUUGGCACAGAAAUAAAUCAAAUGUGCUGCUGCGGAAAUCUUUUCUCCAAACUGAACUGAAAGGAGUGCGACCAAGAGGUGGAAAUAAAAAUAAUCUGAAUGAAGUGAUAAGAACGCAUUAAUGGCUACAUGAAAACUACCUAAAAAGGUUUGGAGAUGCGGCGCAAAUGCUUGUAUCUGCUUCAGCUGUUCGCCAUGGUGAGCCUCGUCUCCUCGGCCUCCUUGGCAGAUCUGACAUGUGAAACUCUGCUCAUGCUGGCAGGGAACGUCUCGCUGCAUUCCCUGAUGGCGUCCUGGAACCAAACAUUGAGCAACACCACGAGCCAGUGGAGCGGCUCAGCAAUCUACUGUGAAACCUCUAUCGACGGCAUCGGCACCUGCUGGCCCAGGAGCAGCGCCGGCCAGAUGGUGUCACGGCCCUGCCCUGAGAUGUUUUAUGGUGUUAGAUACAACACCACAAAUAACGUUUAUAGGAAAUGUCUUGCAAAUGGGACGUGGGCGCUGAAGGGGAACUACUCCAUGUGUAAGGCCAUACUUCAUGAGGAGAAAAAAGGCAAGAUGCACUACCAAAUUGCUGUGAUCAUAAACUUCCUGGGUCAUUGCAUCUCCAUGGUGGCUCUGCUCAUCGCCUUCUUCCUCUUCUUGUGCUUGAGGAGUAUUCGAUGCCUCCGAAACAUCAUCCACUGGAACCUUAUCACCGCCUUCAUCCUGAGGAACGCCACUUGGUUCAUUGUCCAACUCACCAUGAGCCCCGAGGUGCACGAAAGCAAUGUGAUUUGGUGUCGUCUUGUCACUGCAUCAUUCAACUAUUUCCACUCCACCAACUUUUUUUGGAUGUUUGGAGAAGGCUGCUACCUCCACACUGCCAUCGUGCUCACAUACUCUACUGACAAGCUCCGCAAGUGGAUGUUCAUCUGCAUCGGCUGGUGUAUACCUUUCCCUAUAAUUGUGGCGUGGGCCAUCGGGAAGCUGUACUAUGACAACGAGAAGUGCUGGUUUGGGAAGCGACCCGGUGUCUACACUGACUACAUCUACCAAGGUCCCAUGAUCCUUGUGUUAGUGAUUAAUUUCAUCUUCCUUUUCAACAUUGUGAGAAUCCUGAUGACCAAACUGCGAGCUUCUACAACAUCCGAGACAAUCCAGUACAGGAAAGCCGUGAAGGCGACGCUGGUACUCCUUCCUCUCCUGGGAAUCACCUACAUGCUGUUUUUUGUCAACCCAGGGGAGGAUGAAAUUUCUCAAAUCGUCUUUAUAUAUUUCAACUCGUUUUUGGAGUCCUUUCAGGGCUUCUUCGUGUCAGUGUUUUACUGCUUCCUAAACAGUGAGGUCCGCUCAGCUGUAAGGAAGCGGUUCCAUCGGUGGCAGGAGCAGCACUCCAUCCGGGCCAGGAUGACCCAGGCUAUGUCUAUCCCAACUUCACCUUCACGUGUCAGCUUUCACAGCAUCAAGCAGUCCACUUCGCUAUGAAACAGGAAACCAGCUUUAUCCUGCAUACUGGGACAAACCCUCCAGCUGUCACUGUCCACAUUUCUCACCACCUCAGUGAAGUAGACUCUCUGAGCGGGGACAAAGAGACUCUGCGUUGGUCCUCUAAACCUCAGGGGGGACAUUAUAAAGACUUUCUGGAGAAAAUGGAUGGGGACUAGGGGAGAACAACAUUGCAGACUUUGCAUUAUUAAAGGUUAGUGGAUCAAAAGAUCAGCGAAAUGAUCUGUAUGACCUGGAGUUUCAGUGUGAAUGUACAGCACACCGCCCGGUUUAAUAUUGGCUUUCUGUAGAAAAAGCGCCUAGUGUAUUCCUGCCUGCAUAAUUUAAUUUAGCAAUCAUUUUCCAUUAAAUCCUGUGACGCACGGUUUCCACUGGGAUGUGUCCACUGGGAUGGAUUCCCAGUGGACACCAAAGGCAGAAACCAAGUUGUUAAAUGUUUAGAAAUGUGUUGAUACUUUUGUUUUUUCAGUGUUUGUUUUUUUUCGCACUUUCCUCCCCUGUUCUCAGCUCAGUUCCAUUGUUGUUCUUUCAAUGGAAGGUUAAAUACAUUCCUUACUUCUACCUGAAGAGUUUCGUUCCACAGUAAUCAAUUCAGGCUGUUUAUUUAUAUUGUUUUUACAGCUCUCAAUAACAUCAACCAAAUGGAGAGUUUCAAAUAAGACGUUCCUAAGGAAGGAACAAUUAUCGUAAAGUAUACAUUUCUGUGGAUUAAAUAAAUGGGAGUGGAUUAGUUGGUUUGAGCAUAGCCGUGUCUUCACGUUUGAUGGGGUCGUCCUUUAAUGGCCGUUUUGACUCCUUGUGAGUCACAGAGCUAAUAAUGAAAGGAACUAACACAUUAGUGCAGUCUUUCAACGCUGAUAGAUGCUUUUUCUUGAUUAUCUGCUGCCCCGUGCCCCAGAUAUUUUCCUAAGUAAAACUAAUUACUUCCCUGCUGCUGGUGCAGACCAGCUGAGUUUAAAACGUCCUUCUAUCAGAAAGUGUUUCUGUAUGCGCUCAUACAUGAACAUGGGUUGUUUUACAUCCCAGAUUAUGGGUCACUUUUAUUAGACUAUGCCAUGUUUAUUUAAUUCCUUCAAUCCAGAAUUAACCAAUAUGGGGCAACUUUUUUUUCCACAAAAAAAAAUGAAGUGCCAUUAGUAAUUAGAAAUCAUUUAAUGCUGGAAUCAUCAAUUAUAAUUAUUACUAUGCAGGAAACACUCAUUUAUUAUAUUCACAAUGAUCGUCAUGAUAAAAUAUAUCCUAUAAUCCUCCCUAAUUCACUCUGCUUAAGUCCUCAGCAUGAACAGGGCAAACUAAACACAAGUAUUAUACAUUCCUGUCCCAGUUAUACCUCAUCUACCUUAACAAAAUUUGAUUUAACCAAUACAGUUUAAGUUAAAAAGCCAAGAAUCAAAGUGUUUCCAGUUUCAAAAAAACUUCUCUGUCCAAGCAGCUGAUCUUUCAGCUGCUAACAAGAAGGCCACCACAUGGAGGCUUCUUCUAAAUCCAUGGGAAAGCCAUUGGACCUACUUCCAUUUAAAACCUGCAGACAUACAGAUUUGAUGAAAGUGUUUGUCUGCUGCAUGUAUGAUUAGUUUCUCAAGUAAUUUUGAGUUUGAAAAAGCAAACAAAAUCAUAGAAAUUUCCCACAUCGGAUCCGUGUUUGAACCAGCUGAAAUGUUUUAGCACUGCGCACAAAAUCUUCAGAAAAUCUUCCUAUGUAAAGAUUCAUGUGCAUUUUUAUUUUUAAUUAUCUUCACAGUUUAAUAAAAUAUAACAUGAUAAAUAAACAGAUUAAUAAACAGCAAUAGUUAAUAACAUGGGUACAAAAAAGAUUAAUGGGGGGAAAAACUGAAUUAGGAAGGACAAAAUGGCAACAUGUUUAAGGAAUCAAUGGGUAAACAGACCUAGAGCAAAGAUUAUAACCCCUAAUGAAAUCAGAAUAACUCUGAAUGGCUUCCUUAUGGUUUAUAUUAUUUAAUGACGUCUCAUAAUUCAAUUUUCUUGCAUCAGACUUUAUCCAACUCAAAAAUUGAAGAAAGAAAUUCCUUUAAAUUGAGCAUGAAAUCAAAUUUUCUUGGCAACUUUACAAAACUCUUAUUUUUCCUGUUUUUUUCUACCCAAGUGUGUAAAGAAAAAAAACAGAAUCUGUGAAAUGUCAAAGGGGCAAACUUAGCUUCAAAAUCUGUUUAGAAUGUGGGAUAAUCCAUAACGCUGUUAGAUGUAGCCUACCUUUUGCUUUGGUGAUAGCUGCUAAACGUCUUUGAAUGUGUCCUUAUGAAAACUGUCAGCAGCUCAACCAGAAAAGCAGAUGAAGAGAAAAGGAGCGUACUUUAAAAUAUGACAAUCCGAUCAAAUUUUCUAUCUAAUUUUAAAGUACAUUUAAUUUAAAAUUGUUAACAUUUUUAGAUGCAGGUUACCCAAUCAAAGCAAAGGUUGAGGCUGCCUGUGAUGCUCUAGCUGUAGACAGAUUACAGCUAGAACGUCUGUAUAGAAAGAAAUUAAACAUUUAAAUAUUUGUAAAUAAUCUGUAAAUAGCUUAUGUCACUUUAAACACAACUAUUUUGCUCUUAUGGACUAAAUAAGCUGUGCUGAAACUUUGCAGAUAAGCAGUAAAGAGCAUUGCUGGCUCAUCCUGCACUCAGGGAAACUUUCUACCUUUUCCUCCAAUUAAAACCCAUAAUUCACAUCUCACACUUAUUUAGACCUGAGCCGUAACUAGCGGCAAGUGAUCAUGUUAACGGCAAGUGAUCGUGUUACCGGAGCUGACCAAUCAGAGCAGAGGAAGUCUGUUUAAUAAUGAGGUAAAGGAGAGGGGGAUCUAUCUCCAUAGCAACAUUAAACAGUUCUGUUUGUCUUUAAAUCUAUUCAUGUCUCACCUGAUAAAUGUAGAAAUGUAAUAUUAGUUAAAAACAAUGUGAUAAUGUAUAUUACUAAACUGUGUUUAUAAAGUACAUUUAAAUACUUUACUAAGAUUAACAAAUUGAUACAUGCUCUCUACUGGAUCUCACUACUAGGCUGAAAUACAGACAUGAUAAAAGAUAAAGUGCACCCUCUUUUCAUUUUUAUAGUUUCACGUAUUGUGUUAAAAAAUAAAUCUACUGUUUCCAUGGUUUUGAAAUCUAGGUAGAAAAAUUUUUUUCCUAAUCAACUAAAACAAAGUAACACGUGUUUCAAAGAGAUUAAACAUAUACAAAAUAUGGAAACAAGGACUGCAAAUUAUAUGCUCUUAAAAUAUGGUCAAUAUAUCCUGUGGACAGAUGGAAAGAUAUCAGCAAUGACCCAGGAGAAGUAGCUGUUGUUGAACAUCAAUCUGGGAGGAGUUAUAAUGCCAUUUUAAACUGUUUGAAGUCUAUGCCUACUUUAACUUUACUUUAAAAGUUGUGUUUCAUUUUUUUUUACCACAGCUUGAACCCAAGAUAACCCAAAACAUACAUGUUAUCCGAUGUGCUUUCACAGGGUUUCUGCAGGUCAUUAAAAAAAUAUUAAAAGUCAUUAAAUGAUUAUUUUUUAAAUUAAGGCCUUAAUUGGCAUUAAAACUCAUUAAAUGUGAUUAUCGUGGCAUUUAAAAUGCCUUAUUAAAAAAAGUUUAUAAAAUCAAUUUUGUCAGAAAUAUUGCGAUAUAUUUGCAUGGAACUGCUUCCAGUUGAUCGUAAAGCUGUAUGUUCGAGAAAGAAGCUCGAGGCGGAGAUAAAGCUAGAGAAUGAGAAAUUUCCACAAAACUGGCUGGAAAACGAGGAAUACGGGACAUGGCUGCAGCCUGUCGACGGUAAAGAUGACAAAAGAUUUUGCGGAGUAUAUAUGAGAGUCAUGAGCACUUGUUGAUGUCAUUAAAAUUAUUUCAAAGAGCAUUAAAAAGAAUUAAAUAAGAGUUACUCAUUCCUGUAUAAAUCCUGUUUCAGAAAGCCUGCUAAAUAAAAACCUAGAAGGGGGUGUACUUUAAUUUUAUCAGAGCUGUAACUCUAUUUGCUGCUAAAUCUAUUUUAGUUUCCUUCGUCUUAACUUUAACUGUGUUUGCUAAAGAAGGCAGAAGCACUGAACCAAAAUAUUCAGAUUAGUCAGCAGAAAAAAAAAGAAAAGAAGCUAAAAGUUAAGUAAUUCAUGAGUUCUCAUAUAAGGUCUCAGUUUGAACUAAGAACAUUUGGUUUUGAGACGGAUUUGGUAAAAAAAAAAAAAAACCUUUGGAACAAAACUCUUCAGCUCAUCAAAGAGACUUAAAUUUGUCGCUCGAACAUAAGUAAGGCCGGGGAAACGUCAACUUUUGUUCAUCAAGUGAUUUUCACUCAAAGAGUCACACACUGUUUACAGGUUAACUGUAAUUAUAUAAAUAGAAAAGAUGAGGCAGUGGGAUUUCACAAAUAGAAACCAAAAACACAAACCAUGCACUGUAAGUCAUCAAGGCACAUCAACUGUUCACGUCCACAUUCCUAUGAAACCAGUAUGCCUAGCACCGGUGCAUUCUUAACAACUGCUGUUUUACUGUCAAUAUCUAAACAAAACUCCUGUUUUCCUUAUCUUGCAGUUGUUUUUUUUGUUUUUCUGUUGUUUUUUUUAUCGUUUAUAAGUGAUUUGUAAUCUUUGGCUAUGAAAUGUCCAAUUAUUUAUAACUAAGAGACAUUCUGAUGCCAUCAUGAUUUCUCCUUUUCUGAGAAUCAUCAUCUGUUGUAGCUAAGCAGCAUUUUUAAAAUAGAAAUAAUAGAUUUACGCAAACGUUAUUGCAGUGGGGGAAACAACUAUUGUAUUAGUUUCAAUUUGCAAGUAGAGAAUUUUGACCUAAAUAAAACAAAAGCAUGAGCUCAGCUUGGUUUAGGUGCCAAACUUCCCAUGAAAGACAUUUUGCAGCUGUUAGUCAAGUUCUUUAAAAUCAUCUCUAGAAGUAUUUUUCCCCUGUCUUCUGUUUCUUGAAUGCUCACAGAUUUCCUGCAGAGCUGAAGUCUGUAGACUAUAAAGACUGGACUCUCUGUAAUUAAGGGUCUUUGCUCAGGGACCCAGAGUGGCAGUCCGUGGGAGUGGGGCUUGAACUCAGAACCUCUGGAUUCCAAGUGCAAUGCCCCAACCACCAGACCACCUACUUCCCAACAGGUAGAGAAAGCUACUCCUCCAAGAUGCUUUGCCCCUUUAGACCACAUUUAGAGCAAAGUUGAAUUGGUGAAAACAUGAAAUUAUAGAGAAAGGUCUCUACAGUUAAGUGCAAAAUUAAUAAUUUUGUAAUAAUAGUUAGCGCUGUGUCUUUUUGCAGUAUUUUGGUCUUGUUUUUAUUUGCUGAUGAAAAAAAAACUUUGACAAAGUUAUUGUCAUUCUAAUUGACUAAAUAAUUAGAUCUCUUUUCAUUUGAGUCAAUGAAUUAACUUUAUAAGGUGUUUUUUAUUCUACGUUAGCCGAUCAAAUCUGAAGCCUUGUCUAAAUCCUUUAAAUAAUGGCGAACUCAUGGGCCUUAUCGAACAGGAGGCUACAGGGAUGCUUUAUCAGUGCUGUUCUUGGUGGCUGGGAUCCCAGCUCAUCUUCCAGCUCCUUCUGUGUAGCUCAGAGCUCAUCUAUCACCUUUCAUAUCAUCAUCUUCCUCCCUGGUAAAAAAAAAAAAAACAUCUUACAAACAAAAACAUCUUACAUUAACCUUCAGACCUUUUCUAUUUAUUCCAUUUCGAGCUAAAAACUGACAUAGAAAGAGUUUCAAAAAAAUUGUUUCUCCCACUGUAUAAAUUAUUUAUAUGUAUCAAAGGUUCUUAAACAUCACCAAAAAAUGUUUAGAUUUAAAGUCCAGAUGUUUUAAAAUGAGCAGCGUAUUUUAAAUGCUGUCAUUCCAGUUAGGAAUGAGAGGAAGAUGGUUAUAGUGACAAAAAAUUGUAUUAUUUAUUGGUAUUUAUUUCAGAUUGUGUUAUUUUCAUACUUGAAAAGAUGUCAAGAGAAAAUAAACUGUGUUGAAUUCAA